GACUUUUUUACUUCAAACUCCUCACCCCUUCCCACCUGUCACUCCUCGCUCUUUCUUUCUUCUUCUUCCACUCAUUCGUCUGUUCUUUCUUUCUUCUUCCUCUGAGGUUUCACAGAGUCAUGUGAAAGAUGGGAUGUGGAAAUUCCUCACCGGCCGCCACCAAAAACAACAGCAGCAGGAGCACUGCAGGUCGCGCUGAGUCUUCAUCAAAGGUAUCAGGGGAGGCUGUGCCAGAAGACGACAAAUGGAGGAACUAUGGAGGUGUGUACGUGGGCUUUCCUGCAGACCUGAACAACAUUCCUCAAGUACAGAUAGGAUCACUCAGAGAGAGUGACAGAAACUCGUUGUCCCUCAGGAAGCCGCUGUGGGGGAACGGACUCUAAUUUUAAUGAAGAGCCAGGUGCUACAGAAGGAUGAUAUGUCAGGAAGAAGAAGAAGAAGAAGAAGAAAGCCUCCAGGUGCUCUCAGGUCUGCUCUUCUCUCUCAGCGUCACCUGUUAGGACUACAACAGGAUCAGCUCCACCUGGUUCAACCGAGUGUGGACGGAGCUGCAGCAGAUGUCAACCUGUACUUAGCCACAUAAAACAGCGAUGACGGCGCUUCGAUCGCUGCAGGUUUUCCGCACUUGGUUUGGCCUCAGCGGCACGCUGCGUGUUCUGCAGCUGCUUAAUGAAGAGCCAGCAGCAGGCGCUACAGUGAGUGUCCAUCAGCUGAUUAGCACUAAAAGGCAGAUAGAGAGGCUGAAGCUGUGAUGUAGCUCUCCCUGAAGGUGAGGAGCAACAAGCAGGACUAUGAGUAAAACACAUUAAAGGAUAAAUCCAGUGAUAUUUAGCCAACAAAUCCCAUAAAAAUACCAAAACCAACAAUAAAUUCAUGCAAAUAUCAAGUAUAGUUUGUGUUUCUAGAGCAUGAUAUAUGUAAUAUAAAACACAUCAGUGUGCCACACUGCUGCUCUGGCUGACGUGUUCCUUCAUCACAAUGAACACACAUACUGUAGUUUAUUUUGUCUAAUCCCACACACACCAUCCUGCUGCCCCAAAUACUCAAUCGAGCAUCAAAUGUGGGUUAAUCUGCCGCUGAAAAUAGCCCCCAACAAGCGCACUACUUCUUCCUUUUCGUUGAAUGUUUGCUAAAAAGUACAGCGAGCGGCUGUUUUAGGAAAUUACUGAGCCUUUUCUAAAUCAAACAAUAUAAAUCAAAGUUUUUAAAGAUUUCUAUCUACAGUAGGAACCAAUGGGCUGCAGCGCUACAGACAACGUAGAGAAGUAUUGAGACAGACUACCAUGUUCUGUUUUGUUGUCGGUUUUGCUCUUUUUAAAGUGGAUUUGUUGUUAUCAAAAACAUAGAAUAUAGUCGGCUUUGUGUUUUAAACUCUCCUUUAGGUUAUCUCAACGUUUCACUCAAGCAAAACAGCUGCAAGAUGUCUAAAGAUGAACAUGCAGAUGUGAAGGACAUUUAUUAUAUUAAUAAGAAAUGUUAUUUAAAGGACAUUUUUCUGAAAGUUUACAAAGUGCUUUACUGUAUAAAAGUAAUACUGGCAGGAUUAACAUUUCAGUACUCACCUGUUUGGUUGGUUGUAAUGAAAACCUGCAGACUCUUGGCCCUCCAGGACUCUGAGUGGCUCCUGCUGUGAGAUGACGUCUGCGAAUCAUCUCCUGAAGGAAUUUACAUGGAAAAGAAGCCAAAUUAUGCUGCACACACGCAUAUGCAGUCCAACAUGUUGCAUGGCUGGUUUCACACAGGCUCUAGCGUUUCUCAAUCUUAAUUUUCAAACAGAUGAAACAAAAAAGGAUUGAAAUGAAUCGUAUAUUGUUCUAAUUUAGAAACACUAAGGCACGCCCACAUUACCCACAAUGCAACUCAACCUGAUUCCCUCAACUGCACAGAUUCAGGUGUGUUAUGCUAGUAGCGGCUAAUGCAGCGUGGAGCCUCUAGCCUGCAGUAGAGAUGAGGAGCAGCUCCAGAGGUCUAGCAACUUCACUUUUUCUAACUCCACAGAUUUUUUUCAUCCUCACACUUAUAGCCAUCAGCCCCAGCCGACACUGACUCGUGUGACAUCACUUGAGGCAAUUUAUAAUACUCUGCGCAGCUCCGUCUGGAGUCACAAAAUGAACGAAUGAAUACAACUUUUUUUCCACACAUGCAGCAGCACCAACGCCUGUCAACAGACUUUGAUGUGUAAAAUCAGUGAAAUGAUCUGCUCUUUGUUCAUUUGUGCUGUUUCAGUAACGAUCUCGCUCAGGUGGAUUCAUAGUGCCUGUUAAUGUUCUUUUGUAGACGCCUGUUUCUUGUGUUCUGUGUCUUUAAAACAUUUUUUUUUUUAAUAGUGAAAGUUCAGUAAAAAUCU